CCAUAGCCGCCGAUCACGAUUCAGACUGCAUACAACCACCAUCAUGCCUCCAUCCUCCACGUCGUCAACGCCCACAGUGACUGCGGCGAACGUUCGUCUCGGCUCUGAGUCUUCUCUUGGACGGCAACCUACUCCAAAGCCAAAUAGCCGGAUGCCAGUCACUCCCGCUGUCCUUCGUUCCAUAUUCGCGUCGUCGCGGACAAUUCUAGAAGAACGAUCAUUGUCGCGGGUGGCUUUCUUCAGGUUCACUGGGUUCGUACUCAGCUGCCUUGCUAUCAGUCUGGCUGCCUCUCGAAGUAGGGGUAUCAAGAGCAGCGCAGCUUUGCUUGGUGUCGGGGUUGUCUGACAGUCGUUGUUGGAUAACUC